AUGGCGGAGUCGGUCGGAGCCUCCUCCUUCCUCCUCCUGGUCUUGCUCCUGUUGGAGGGCGGCGGCGGCGCUGGGCCCCGGGGGACCCAGGCUCUGAUAUGUUCAUGUACAAACUGUGUGCACACCAACUACACAUGCGAAACGGAUGGGGUCUGCAUGGUUUCCAUUUCCAACAUGGAUGGGACGGAGCAUCAUUCUCGAACCUGUAUUCCCCAGGCUGAACUGGUCCCAGUAGGAAAGCCCUUCUACUGCCUCAGCUCAGAUCAUGUUCGAAACACACACUGCUGCCGAACUGACUUCUGUAAUAAGAUUGAUCUGAGGGUGCCCAGUGGUCACCUGAAGGAUACUCCAUCCAUGUGGGGCCCUGUGGAGCUGGUGGCUGUCAUUGCUGGCCCAGUGUUCCUCCUUUUUCUUAUCAUCAUUGUCGUCGUCUUUGUCAUUCACCAUCAUCAACGGGUUUAUCACAACCGCCAGCGGCUGGACAUGGAGGAUCCCUCAUGUGAAAUGUGUCUGUCCAAAGACAAGACACUUCAGGAUCUCGUCUACGAUCUGUCUACUUCAGGGUCUGGCUCAGGGUUACCACUCUUUGUCCAGCGCACAGUGGCUCGUACAAUUGUCCUACAAGAGAUCAUAGGCAAGGGCCGAUUUGGGGAAGUAUGGCGUGGCCGGUGGCGAGGUGGAGAUGUGGCUGUGAAAAUUUUCUCCUCCCGAGAAGAACGGUCUUGGUUUCGGGAAGCAGAAAUAUAUCAGACAGUCAUGUUGCGCCAUGAAAAUAUUCUUGGAUUUAUUGCUGCUGACAACAAAGAUAAUGGUACUUGGACCCAGCUGUGGCUUGUUUCUGAUUAUCAUGAACAUGGUUCCUUGUUUGAUUACCUCAAUCGGUAUACAGUGACUAUCGAAGGGAUGAUUAAGCUGGCCUUGUCUGCUGCUAGUGGGUUGGCACACCUGCACAUGGAGAUUGUAGGUACCCAGGGGAAGCCUGGAAUUGCACAUAGAGACUUGAAAUCAAAGAACAUCUUGGUGAAGAAAAAUGGAAUGUGUGCAAUUGCUGACCUAGGCCUUGCUGUCCGUCAUGAUUCAAGCACAGAUACUAUUGACAUCGCACCAAACCAGAGGGUGGGAACCAAGAGAUACAUGGCCCCUGAAGUGCUGGAUGAAACCAUCAACAUGAAACACUUUGAUUCCUUUAAAUGUGCUGAUAUUUAUGCUUUAGGGUUGGUGUAUUGGGAGAUUGCCCGAAGAUGCAAUUCAGGAGGAAUCCAUGAGGAAUAUCAGUUGCCGUAUUACGAUCUUGUGCCCUCGGAUCCUUCCAUUGAGGAAAUGCGGAAGGUAGUGUGUGACCAAAAGCUGCGACCCAACAUCCCCAACUGGUGGCAGAGUUAUGAGGCAUUACGGGUGAUGGGAAAGAUGAUGCGGGAGUGCUGGUAUGCCAAUGGAGCAGCCCGUCUGACUGCCCUGCGCAUCAAGAAGACCCUCUCGCAGCUCAGUGUGCAGGAAGACGUGAAGAUCUAGUCCCUUCCCUACCCCAUCCACAUGCAGCUCUGGGCAUCCAGAACCACACAGAAACCUGCCAUGCUAGAGGCUGAUGGAGGCCUACCUCUCGUUUCUGCCCAGCCCUGGGUCCCAGGCUAGCCUGGGCCAUGGUAGGGAAAGAGCCUGGGAGAGACACUCUCGCCCAUCUGGGGUUUGAGACACAUCUUUUUUAUGUUCACCUCCAAUUGGCACAGUGACUGGAGAGCUCCCGGCACAGAGGACUCGAUGCCACGCUUGAAGCUUUCUUCCUGUGGAGAGCUGAGCCCCGGCCCUCUGCUAGUCUGGCUGGCCCUGUCCCAGGGACAGCUUGGGAAAGGGCCGGGAAGAAGCGAAGGUGUUGCCAUCACAGGCCGCUGGCGAGUUCCCUUCUGGAGCCCUUGCAGUGCCCACAGAAAUGGCCCAGAGGAACUGAGGUCCUGCCCUAUCAGGGGCAGCUUUGAGCCAAAUGUUCCCCUCCUCCCUUGCACGAACAUCUGGAGGA